GUUCCUGACGCCGAGGACAAGGUUCCUGACGCCGAGGACAAGGUUCCUGACGCCGAGGACAAGGUUCCUGACGCUGAGGACAAGGAUUCUGACGCUGAAAACAAGGUUCCUGACGCUGAGGACAAGGUUCCUGACGCUGAGGACAAGGUUCCUAACGCCGAGGACAAGGUUCCUGACGCCGAGGACAAGGUUCCUGACGCUGAGGACAAGGUUUCUGACGCUGAGGACAAGGUUCCUGACGCAGAGGACAAGGUUCCUGACGCUGAGGACAAGGUUCCUGACGCUGAGGACAAG